AUGGAUUUUUUCUCCGAUAAUCACAUGUGGCGUGAUCUUCUUCUUCAAGCAGUCUUAAUUCUCGUAACAAUCUUCAUGUUCCUUUUCAUGUACAACGUUCCCCAGAAGUACUUCUCGAAGCUUCGUCUCCGGAACCGGGCCGAUAUGCAAUCGAAGCGUCAUUUUGUUCAAGGAGCUCAACUUCUUUCUCAAGCUAAAUCAGCAGCAGCUAAGGAUCGAUCGAAGUCUACUUCUCUUGCUAAAUCUGCUGAAGCUCAAGCCGAUUUGGCUAUAGCUUUAGACCCGAAAGAUGCUGCAGCUCACAUACUCAAGGCUUUAGCUCUUGAUUUACAGGGGUUUAAGACGUCGGCUCUUGAUUCCAUUGACGUCGCGCUUUCGCCGCUAGCCGUGAAGUCGUUGUCGGAGCCGGAGAAAGCGGAUGCCUUGUUUAAGCGGGCGCAGUUGAGACUGGCUGCGGAACAAGUUGACUCGGUGAUUGAGGAUUUGAGUCAGUCUGUUAGGUUGAAGGGCGAUAAUGUGAAGGCUUUUUGCUUGUUGGGCGAUUGUUACGAGAAAAAAGGCUUGAAGGAAGAGGCAAGAAAGGCUUAUCAGGAAGCUCAAAAGGUUCAGCCAAAUUUUGCGCCUGCUCGAGAAGCACUUGACCGUUUGAAUUCCGAGUCUUGA